GGAGAUUCGAUAGAUAUAUAGAGAGAGAAAGUAGUGAGAGAAACAAACCCAAAUAUCUCUCUCUCUCUCUCUCUCCUUCUUGCUACACAUAUAUACAAACAUUCACACAUUGAUUACACGCACAAGAAAAUGAGCUAAGAGAGAUAAUGAGCUUGAUUUUGGUUCCAAUUUUAUCGGUUCAUUUGUAGAUUUUUAGAUCUUGUAAAAUCUCAGCGGUUCCACGAAGAUUUUGCUGCAUUUUCUUUUCUUUGUGGUUCUUGAUAUUUUAUCUGUUUAAUCGCGGAGGGAAUAAUCGGAUUUAGUUAUCGCUUUUGUUGUUGAUUCAAUUAUUUCGCGGCGGCAAGUGUUGGUACUUGUACUUGAGGUUGAUACGGUGGAACUUAACGUGAAUUCGUGUCUGUUUCGAAAUGGAUGAUAGAGGCAGCGGCGGCGGGGGAUCAUUUGUGGCAGUUAGGAGGAUUUCACAAGGGCUUGAUAGGAGCAACACUUGCCAAUCAACUUCAGGACUUAAUUUGUAGAACUUUGGAUCUGUCUCGAUUGAAUUUUAGAUGAUUACUUGCAUUGAUCUUUGUGCCGAGGUUGUGGCAGGGUCAGCAGCAUGGCUUGGCAGAGGCCUUUCAUGUGUUUGUGCUCAGAGAAGAGAAGAUGAUUCUCGCGCGUCAUUUGAUUUGACCCCUGCCCAGGAGGAUUGCUUAUUGAGGCUGCAAAACAGAUUAGACAUUGCCUAUGAUAGUUCAAUUCCAGAACAUCAGGAAGCAUUGAGGGCAUUGUGGAAAGCUGCCUUUCCUGAAGAGGAGCUCCAUGGUCUAAUCACUGAGCAGUGGAAGGAAAUGGGCUGGCAAGGGAAAGAUCCUUCCACUGAUUUUCGGGGUGGUGGGUUUAUAUCAUUGGAGAACUUGUUGUAUUUUGCAAGAAAUUUCCCGAAGUCAUUCCAAGAUCUUCUUCGAAAGCAGGAAGGUGACCGGUCCAUGUGGGAAUAUCCUUUUGCUGUAGCCGGUGUCAAUAUCACAUUCAUGCUUAUUCAGAUGCUGGACCUUGAAGCAGUAAAACCACGAACUUUGGUGGGAGCGACCUUCUUGAAGUUUCUUUCAGAUAACGAAUCAGCCUUUGACAUCUUGUAUUGCAUCGCGUUCAAGUUGAUGGAUCAUCAGUGGCUUGCCAUGCACGCCUCUUACAUGGAUUUCAACGCUGUGAUGAAAUCAACAAGACAUCAGCUGGAAAGAGAACUUUUGGAAGAUGACAUAACACGGCUCGAAGAGUUACCCUCUUACACACUCCUUACUCAAUAAUGGUUAGUCUGUUUGAUCCAACAAUAUUAUUAGUUGCGAGGUGAGAAGAUUCACAUGGUCCAUGAUGAUCGAGUGAUGCUAGAAGUAGACAGUUUUACAGUCGAUGUUUAGCAUAAUAUCACGCUCGUAUCAGUGUUGUUAACCAUCAUCCAAUUUGACUUCCGACUAGUUCCUAGUCGUCAUGACGGUGUGGCAGAAGAUCUCUAUGAAUCAUGUACUUUAUGAAUACAAAACUACUAUAAACGAACAGGACCCGAAAGAAUUUGGUCUGUAUCAA